ACAGGUAGAAGAAGAAGAAGACAAUCGGGGAGACGCAGAAACUUUCUUCUCAAAGAGAACUGAUCUUUUGAAGCUUUCGAGGGAAGUCCGGAGGUCACCGGUGGAUUAUUGAUUUACCCGGGAGAGAGCACAUUAUAAUUCAAGGUUUUACCAGGGUGAAAUAGAAGCUUUUUGAUUUGCGGUUUUUAUUCGCUAACUGUACAUGAACUGAGCGCAGCUUCCGGGUGUAACUGUUUCGGGUUUGGGUCUUGUUCUCUCGACAGCCAUUCUUCCUGUCUGUCCAUGGUGGUUUAGAACAGAAAUGGUUUUAUUCGAUACCAUCGAUAAUCCUCAUGAAGUGUUUUCAGAAGAAUGAAGACAUCCGGGUAACAAGGUGAAGACUUUACCAGACCGGAGGAGUUGAGCUCGGAGCCGACCAGACCGGAGGAGUUGAGCCCAGAGCCGACCAGAGUUGAGUUGAGCUCAGAGCCGACCAGACCGGAGGAGUUGAGCUCAGAGCCGACCAGGCCGGAGGAGUUGAGCCCAGAGCCGACCAGGCCGGAGGAGUUGAGCUCAGAGCCGACCAGGCCGGAGGAGUUGAGCUCAGAGCCGACCAGGCCGGAGGAGUUGAGCUCAGAGCCGACCAGGCCGGAGGAGUUGAGCUCAGAGCCGACCAGGCCGGAGGAGUUGAGCUCAGAGCCGACCAGACCGGCGGAGUUGAGCUCAGAGCCGACCAGGCCGGAGGAGUUGAGCUCAGAGUUCCACAAGAUCGCUUCCUGAUGAUGACAGUAAACAUGGAUGACGAGGAGGCUCUGAACUCUAUCAUGAAGGACCUGGCGGCGUUGGGUCGCUGCUACGCCCAGCAACACGACAGCAGCAGCCACAAACCCAAGCCCAGGACCUUGCUGUCCAAACAGGAUUUAAGAGUCAAGCUGGAGCAUGAGAGAGAGAAACGCAUCAUCCCGUUCCAGCGACCUCUGAAGAUCAAGGAGCUGCUCCAGAAGGUCACAGAGGCCUUUGGAGAACAGAUGGACCUCUUCUACACAGACAGAGAGCGGCUGGUUCCUCUAAAGAACCAGGACGAUCUCGACAGAGCUGUGCUCAACGUGGGGUCCAGCAGCCUGCUCAGACUACUGCUGAAAACUCCCACGAACGACCAGUUCCUACAAGUGGGCAGCAGGGACAAACAGAGCGAGCUGAGGUCGUCCCGUUCUCUAGGGGAUCUGAAGGGCUGUAUACUCAAGAGCUCAGAGAGGGUCCGCAAACACUCCACAGGUUCUCUCCAUGCAGGUCGCAGGUCCCCCCCUCCAGGCUCGGUCCCAGAGGAGCAGCAGCAGAUUGCUAGACAGGGCUCCUUCACCUCUAUUCACACAGAAGGACAGUUUAUACCUGAGGGCCUGGAUCAGAAGUUGCUGGAGCCCUUUGGCAGUGCAGACAACUCUCUGUCCAGCAGCUGUCAAUCAAUAGACCAAGCAUUGGACAGCCCUCCUUUUUCCCAGAACAACCGAGACAACAACUACCUGAGCCUCAACUAUGAAGGACACAGAGGGCGCCACAGUAAAGGAGGAACUUUCCCUCGUCAAUUCCACUUGUCCAAUGGCAGCAAAGACUACAGCGAUGGUCGGAGGACGUUCCCUCGGAGCUUCAUGCCUCAGGAGAACCUGUUUCAGCUGGUUCCAUCCAGUCAGUCCCGGAGGUACAACGGAGACAGUACUCUGCAGUACAGCGACCUCCGAACACUGGGCCGAGUCACAGAGAAGAGCUGCCCCCGCAGGGAAGCACACAAAUCUCCGCAGGCGCCGGUGAACUGGCGUCAGGGGAAGCUGCUGGGUCGCGGGGCGUUUGGGGAGGUAUACCUCUGUUACGACGCCGACACCGGACGGGAGUUGGCCGCCAAACAGGUGCCCUUUGACCCCGACUGUCAGGAAACAAGCAAGGAGGUGAAUGCUCUGGAAUGUGAGGUCCAGUUGUUGAAGAACCUGCAUCACGAGCGGAUCGUUCAGUACUACGGGUCUUCGAGGGACCUGGAGAAGAGGAAACUCACCAUCUUUGUUGAGUUCAUGCCUGGGGGUUCCAUUAAGGACCAGUUGAAGGCGUACGGGGCGCUGACAGAGAAGGUGACGCGACGCUACACCAGACAGAUCCUCCAGGGAGUCUUCUACCUUCACAGCAACAUGAUCGUUCACAGAGAUAUCAAAGGUGCCAACAUCCUGAGAGACUCCACUGGCAACAUAAAGCUGGGGGACUUUGGGGCCAGUAAACGCAUCCAGACCAUCUGUAUGUCAGGAAGUGGAAUCAAAACCGUCACCGGUACACCUUACUGGAUGAGCCCGGAAGUCAUCAACGGAGAAGGAUAUGGACGCAAAGCUGAUGUCUGGUCUGUGGCGUGCACGGUGGUGGAGAUGCUUACCCAGAAGCCUCCCUGGGCGGAAUACGAGGUCAUGGCAGCUAUCUUUAAGAUAGCCACACAGCCCACCAAGCCCUUCCUCCCGGAGGGCGUUUCCGAGGCCGCCCGGGACUUUGUACGCCAGGUGUUCAUAGAGGAGAAGUGGCGUCCCACGGCCGAAAACCUCCUCUCACACCCCUUCGUCCAAGGGGGGUUCUGACCUCUGACCCCGCCCCCAGGGACACCCUGCCUUCCAGGCCUCUCCACAGCUCAGCUAACUGACCCCAGACCUGAUCAUAACCUGAGUCCCAGUCUCUCUCCUCCACCAGCUAACUGACCCCAGACCUGAUCAUUCACCAGCUACCUGACCCCAGACCUGAUCAUAACCUGAGCCCCAGUCUCUCUCCUCCACCAGCUAACUGACCCCAGACCUCUCAUUCACCAGCUAACUGACCCCAGACCUGAUCAUAACCUGAGCCCCAGUCUCUCUCCUCCACCAGCUAACUGACCCCAGACCUGAUCAUAACCUGAGCCCCAGUCUCUCUCCUCCACCAGCUAACUGACCCCAGACCUGUCAGGACUGUCAUUUAGUCGUCUUUGAGUAAUAUUCUGCUUCAAAAGGGGAUUGUGAACAAUUUUUCUAAUCCAUCCUAGAUGAACACUUGCAGUUACCUUAACAGUUGAGGUCUAUAUUUUGACCUGAGAUAUAUGUACAUUUUAGUUUUGUCUGAAUUGUCAAACACCUUACAAUGAAUGACAAGUUGUAAAAUAGAAUUUAUGUACAUUUUACAGAAUGACCCUGUUUUCUACAACAUGACGCUCUUUCUCAUUCGGAAAGAGACCGUUGGACAUGUUAAACCAUGUAUUCAGUAGGUGCCCCAAUGCAGGAUAAUCAAAAUGGAUGCUGUAAAUAUAUUUUACAUUUUUAUAAUUUCAUAAUGAGAGAAAUGUUUUUUUUUUCUCCACUGUUUGGAGAAAAAUACCAAACAUUUGUAUUGUUGUGAAUGGUUACUCACUGUGUAUAAGCAAGCAAUUCUCUUACGCUGACCAGCCUGUUAAAAUACAUGUAUGUGCCAUG